AUGAAUUACACGCUCCCCCUAUUCGACUACCCCCUCUGGUGGGUUGUCUGCAGUCACGACUACGUUUGGUAUACGGGCGACUUGGAAUACCUCUCGACAUACUACAUCAACCUUGUCGCCGUGUUGGACCGCUGGUAUCCCUCUGUCACAGACCCGGCGACGGGACUCGUGACUAAAGGGCUGAACGGGACGGCCGGGUACGGUGACUAUGCAUUCGUGCCGCGACAGGGACCGGUAACAUAUUAUAACGCUCUGUACGUACUCGCACUGCGCAGAGCGGCGGAGAUGGCGGUCGAGGCCGAGAACGAUGGAGACGCGGAGCGGUGGAGGCGCCGGGCGGACGAGGUUGCGAAGGCGCUGGGGGAAAGAAACUUUGACAAGGAGGCCGGCGCGUUCUGGGACGGAACGAACGAGGGGCAGUUUAUGGACGCACACGCGCAGGACGGGAACAGCAUUGCGAUUCUCGCGGACGUGGUGGAUAAGGAGAAGGCGAGGGGGAUGCUGGACUACUACUCGCGCGUCGCGGCCAGGCCGUACGGGAACGCGUUCUACGACUCGGACGCUGUGAAUGAGGGGUUCAGCCAGAAAGUGUACGCGUUUGUGUCCUACUUUGAACUCGCGGCGCGGUUCAUGGUUGGGGCGGGGGAUAGCGCCAUCGAGGAGAUGAAGAGGUUGUACGGUUGGAUGUCGCGCCAGGACCCGGGCGUGACGUUCUGGGAGGGAAUAGGGCCUGAAGGGAAGCCGUACGAGGAUGGUUACACGAGCAUGGCCCAUGGGUGGGCCACAGGGCUGGUGCCGCUGAUGAGCGGGUGGGUGCUGGGUGUGAAGCCGACGGAGCCCGGGUUCCGGACGUGGAGCGUCGCGCCGGAAACGGCGGGGCUAAGGUGGGCGCGGGGGGUUGUGCCAACGCCGAGAGGCGGAGGAAUUCGGGUUGAGUGGGAGCAAGGCGGGGACGGAGAUGUCAGGAUCCAGGUGAGAGCGGCAGAGGGCUCGAGGGGGGUUGUCGGUGUUCCUGUGGGAGCUCGGGGAAAGGUUGUCGAGCUCGAUGGAGAAGUCGUGUAUGCUGGACGAGAUGGCGCCCGGGCGAGAUAUAAAGAGGGCAGGGUCUUGGUUGAUGUUGAAGGGAAGGGGACAGACUGUAAGGUUGUGGUUUCUGUCAGAAGAAGACCUGAUAACCCAUGGGCUUUCAUUCGGCAAGCGGGAUGA